AUGUUGAAGAUUCCUCAUCAUAAUUAUUCUCAUCAUAUUUUUGAUCAGUUGUUGAAGAUUCUUCAUCAUUAUAAUCCUCGUCAUACUUUCGAUAAGUUGUUGAAGACUUUUCAUCAUAAUUAUUCUCAUCAUCCUUUCGAUAAGUUAUUGAAGAUUCUUCAUAAUUAUCUUCAUCGUGUUUUUGAUAAGAUGUUGAAGAUUCUUCAUCACAACUAUCUUCAUCGUGUUUUUGAUAAGAAGUUGAAGAUUCUUCAUCAGAACUAUCUUCACCAGAAUUAUCCUCAUCGUAUUUUUGAUAAGAUGUUGAAGAUUCUUCAUCAUAAUAAUCCUCAGAGUACUGUUGGUUAUCAUUUACUAAUUGAAAAUUUAAUUCUGGGAUCAAAGAAACAUUUUUCUUAUUAUCUAGCGUUGCUGAUAUAGAUAUUGGUACAACAGCUGGUACAGUUGUUUCAAAAUCUUCAAAAUCUUCUAUUAAAUAACUAAAAUCAUUUUGAAGUUCUUUAAUAUCUUGAGUUUUAAUAAAAGAAUCAUUUUCCAAAUCUUCAAUACGAUUUUUUAAAGAAUCAAUCAAUUGUACUUGAGAAUCGAUUUUUUCUUUACAAUUCUUAUAAACUUUUUCUAUAUCAAAAGGUUCAUCAUUAAUAAUAUCAUUUUGUUGAAUUACAAGUUCUUUACGAAAAUUUUGUAAAUUUAAACUCAUUCUUUUACCAAAAUUUUCGAAUUCUUUUGCUUGUU